AGUUCAGAUCAUCUCGGUGUUUCUGUUGCAUACGCCGAACAGUAUCACCUGGUCGAGAUCGUUCCAACGACCUGGCUUGCCGCUGCAGUUGCGAUCAUACCUAUCAGGGCCCAGACUGGGCCGGGAUUGCGGCGAAACCUCUGGGUUGUUCACUCGUUUGAUCGCGUGAGUUUACCCACCACUGCACUACACUCCACAUUCACCGGCGCGCGCGCACAGACAGGACUCGAGCCCAAUGAUACUUGGUUCGAGAGCCUAGAACAAGAACUAGUACAAGAUUGA